UUCUCAGUUUUGAGUUUCAGUCUAAUCAAAGAUGGCUGCUGUUCGCUGGCGGGAAGUAAGGAGAUUGCUGUUUUGGGGGAACAGUUCUUUACGACCCAAAUAAUGAAGCUUUUUUGUAAUACCAUGAUUGAAAAGAUGAGGAAAUGAAAGGCCUAAUGACUGGUAGUUCGAAGGCUUCUGAUGAAGAUGAAGAAACCGUUCGAGAACUGGUUAAACCAGCUAAAAAAUCUAGAUCACCUCGCAAUACAAAGGGCAACAAUCAAAUAAAGGAGCUGUGCACUUCCAAUGGCAUCAACUAUGAAAAACUUCAAAAGGGAUCUGCAAAAGCUGUUAAAAAGCUGGAGAUGUUUUUCUCUGGUUUCCCCAAAAUAUGUGGAAUGGAACUCUUUCCAGUCCUGCAAAGCCUUUGUCUUAUUGGUCAAGAGAUAGAAGUAUUAGAAAACCUUGAAACCCUAAUAAACCUGACAGAACUGUUUGUGUGUGAAUGUGCUGUUAAGAAAAUUACAGGCCUAGAAAAAUGUGUGAACCUGAAGAAGCUAUUCCUUUAUGAUAAUGAAAUUCCCAGAAUCGAGAAUCUUUCCAACUUGACUAAGCUCACAACACUGUGGCUAAAUAACAACAAUAUAACUGCAAUAGAGGGACUGGAGAAUUUAACACUGCUUACUAACUUAAACCUAGCAAGCAACAGAAUAUCUGCUAUUGGAAAUUCCCUUAUUCACAAUACCAGCCUUGAAACCUUUGAUUUAUCUGCAAAUAACCUAGGUUCUUUUAAGGAUUUGACGAACCUGACCAAAUUGAAAAACCUUACUUCACUGAGCCUAAAGAACCCAGUUUAUGGUCCUAACCCAGUGUCAUUACUAUGUAACUAUUCAACACACUUGUUGUUUCACUUGCCGAAUCUCAAGCGCUUGGAUACUUAUGAUGUGGAGUCUAAACAACUGAAGGAAUUGGCUAAGACGACGGUGAUGAAGAAGAAGAUGUAUUACAACAUGAGAAUCAAAACCUUACAAAGAAACACAGCAGAUCUACAGCAUAAACUGACCAACGAAAAAUACAAUCUUCAGAUGUUUGCAAACACCAGAAUACGAGCACUGUACUCAUGCAUUAAAGAAAUUGAAAGAGAGCAAGAAGAAACCCAUUUAGCUCCUCCAAAAGAGCUCAGAAAUCAGAGCUCUGAUGAAGAAGGUGAAAAAGAAAAGACUAAAGAGGAAGACAAUCCAGAUGAACUAACUAAAAAAUUUGAAAUAAAAAAGGAAGCCUUAAAAACAAGAAUAAAAAAAUGGGACAAACAGUGUCAAGAAAUUGAGAGCUCCUACAGGGAAAGUUGGGAGCAAGUACAGCUGGUGUCUGACAUGACCAUUCAGAGGUUGUUAGUAGAACUAGACACUGGUGGGAAUGUAAGGUUUGAAGAUGGCAAACCCACUGAUAUAUGGUACAAGUCAUGUCAUGAUCUUGUAACAUCUCGGUUCUGUGCAGGAGAUUACCUGAACUAUGGUGUUACAGGAAUAAAGGUUCAUCGCAUCACACGAGUACAUAACAGAAUCUUGCGUGCUCGGUUCGAUGAGGUACUCUACCAGACACUGGCAAAGAGCCAUAUCGUUGAGAUAACCAAGGGAAGAUCUCAUAAGAAACUGCUCGAGUAUCUGUUCUUCAUGUGGAAUCCUGAUGCAUUUGACGAAGCAAAUGAGCCAGUCACAGUACUGGAAAAGGGAUUCCGUAAAUCAACUGAAUACGAAAAGGCUGGUUUUGAUGGAGGUGUGCCGUUAUCGAACAGUGUUGGUAUCUGUGAUCAAUCUAGGAUCCAAAAAUGUACCGCCAAAUCUAAAGAAAAGGGAAUUGCCAAUCCCUUCCCGUUCAGACACGGUCAGCUGAUCAUUUCCAAAACGUUUGUUGGUAGAGCAGUUUCUGCUAAUACAGGUGAAACGAGGGUGACCAAAGGUAGAUAUCCAUACGCUGACAGCGUGUUUCGCCUCCGCACACACGAAGCUUCCAAGACAGAAAUAGCAAAACCCGUAAAGUCGUGUGACUGCAGUUCACGUCAAUGUGAAUGGUUUGUUUUUGACCACGAGAUGGUAUUACCCGAGUAUGUAGUGGACUUUGAGUACCUCACUAGGCACAAAUCCAAAUCCCCUUACAUCCAUUACAUUGGGGACACUGUUCAUAAGUCAACUUCUUCGGACAGCGGACAGAAUGAAAAUUACGUGGAUGUAGACGUUCUUAAUAUGGAACCCAAGUCUAAACCAAGACCAAGAUUGAUUGGUCUAACAGAAGAGAUCUUACUAAGCCACUGCAAUGUACAGUCUUUGGAACACAUCACUGUGCUAAAUCUCCAUGGUAACGGCCUAAACCGUCUAAAACAUCUGAACUCAAUACCCUUGCUAAAAAAGCUUAUCCUUAGCUUUAAUGAACUUACCAAACUCGACGAUAUUAACCACAUGUCGUUUUUGGAGCAUCUUGAUGUUAGCUUUAACAAGGUUACUACUCUUGAAGGAUUAAAGGGUUGUACCCGCUUAAGAUACUUGGACAUCAGCUGGAAUAAGCUGAAGUUUAUACGUGAAGAACUGGGGAUAAUGAGAAAGCACAUUGCCACCUUGGUGACAUUAGACACACGCAAUAAUCCUUGGCAAAAACCCGAGACAUUACGAACCAGAGCAUUAGGACGCCUAAGAAACCUCGAAGUACUCGACGACAUUCCAGUAACUGAUGAUGAAGUAGCUCUAGCUUUACGAAUGGCAGCUGCUUCUCGCAUCUCUACGUUUGCCAUCCUUGCACACUCUAGAACAGACCAGGUCAAGCCGCGUAGUCUGAGCAUAGUCCCUACAGCACAGACCAUCUUGGCUACCAGUAUCCAGAAACCUGCAAGACCAAUGGAUGAUGAUAACCAAUGGAUGGUUAAGGUGACCACAUUGAACUUAGACAACAUGCGUCUCGGUAAAAUAUCAAAUCUAGAAAAGCUUGUCAACCUAAGAUGGGCUUCUUUCAACGAUAACGACUUGACUAAGAUAGAAGGCUUUGAACACUGUAGCAUGUUAGAAGAGCUCUCCCUGGAAGGCAAUUGUAUAUCAAAGUUUGAAGGGCUCGUCAGGAAUCCCAAAAUUCAGUGGUUGAAUCUCCGUAAUAAUAACCUGGUUAACUUAGACACAGGGAUGCUGGAAAGGUUACCCGAACUGAAGUACCUCUCCAUUGAGAAUAAUCUUAUAACUUCCUUGCGAGGAUUGCAGCAUUUAGUUAAUCUGCAGGAAUUAUACAUUGGAAACAAUGAAAUCGCUAACACAAGGGAAAUAUUUACUCUAAAGACAAUCUCUACUCUCGUGAUUCUCGACUUGUUUGGAAAUCCACUGGUAGAAAACACCAUAAACUAUCGACUCUUUGUUGUUUAUCACCUUACUACAUUGAAGGCUUUGGAUGGUUUGGCUGUGGAACCAUCUGAAGGAGGAGUGGCUAAAGACACUUUCGGUGGAAGAAUGACAACAGACUUCAUAGCUGAGCGAUUAGGACAUUCUAAUUUUGCGGAAUUAAGGGAGCUGGACUUCCCUAGCUGUUCGUUAAGAACUGUGGACCUUGGAUCAGGUGAACAGUUCCUGAACUUAAGAAGCGUCAACCUAGAGCACAAUUCACUAACUUCCUUUGGUGGACUCAUUAACCUGGUGCACUUGAAGCCCACGAUUACCAAACAACGCGAAGUAAGAUUGUCAAUUAUGGAAGAACAAGAGGCGCAAGCAGAACUCUCUGAAAACGAUAAGGUUGAUAAUGGGUCGCCAGAAGACAAUGAACUAGAUGAACCAGAAAUGAAGACUCUUGAGGCGAUAAGUAUACAAGAUGAAGCUUAUUUCAAUAGUUUGAAAACCCAGAAGAGCGACUACACGUUCAAAAUUAUGUGUGUUGGGGAUUACACAGGGUUUGGUAAGAAGGGUGGUUUCGUGGCUGACUACAUUCAUGAACGUCCUUUAAGUUUUUACCACAAACCAACAAUCGGCGUAGACUUUUACAUUCACUUUCUAAAGUGGAAAGACACCGUAAAGAAGAAAGAAUUCAGCGUUAAAUUGCAGUUUUGGGAUGUCGCCGAACACGAGAGGUUUCUGAAUAUGACUGGAAUUUAUUGCCGUAAUUGUGCUGGUGCACUAGUAUUUUGGGGACCUAAAAGCCCCUCUAGAUUAAGUAGCACUUUAAAGUGGAGUCAGAAAAUACAAGAAGCUAACACUGGUGAUCGUCCUAUGGUUCUAAUUGUUGAAAAUAUUCCUACAUCGAGGCGAGGAAAACCAAUAGAAUGGAUCGGUCCUGGAAAAAUGUUCGAAAGUCGCGAAGCUUUAGACCGAUUUUGCGUAAAAAAUGGAUUUCUAGGAUGUUAUAAUGGUAUAUCAAAUAUGGCGACCUUGCAGCUUUCUAGGUUACCAAAUCUAAAGGCUCUCUUCUUGCAAGGAAAUGAAAUUGCUAAAGUAGAGGGCUUACAGGGACUACAAGAACUGCGUGAGCUUGUAUUAGACCGCAAUAAAAUAAAGGGGCUAUCGGAACAUUCAUUUAUUAAUCAAUGGAAUCUUGUUGAACUACACAUGGAAGAAAAUAGGAUUAGGGAUUUAAAUCAUGUUGAAUCGCUACAAAAUUUACAGCGACUGUACGUUGGGAUGAACAGAAUCCAGGACUUCACAGAACUGGAAAAGCUAGAAAGUUUAUCGAAUCUCAUCGAGCUGUCUGUCAUCAACAAUGCAGUCACGCGUCGCCUUCUUCAUCGUCCAAUGUUAGUUUUCAGAAUGCCUAGUUUACUUUGUAUCGACGGUAUCCCUGUGUCGCCUGAAGAAAGAACGAAAGCAGAGAUCUACUUCCUGGAGCAACAGAGUAUGCAAGGCAAUAGUAUGACUAUCGAAUCUGCUCUUCCUGGUAUCGUAAGUGCCCGUCAAAGUCAAGCACCCUUAAGGGUCACUACUAUGCACCUCAGCAACACUGAGAGAAAUUGGAGCGGUAAAACCAGACAGGAUAAUAUUAAUAGCGUAUCAAGUAAUGGUGAUUCACGAGAUUCUAACAAAGGACAGCGCCGCGUGACGAACCAAAAAGGACCCUCAAGUGGGCCAGUGCAAACAACCAAUCCGUAUCCGUCAGCAGAUUCCUACAGCCAUGUCAAUAUUGAUAGGCAACUUCGUUCCCAUAGCAACUCCAAUGUUACUAAUGCACAAUCCUCUUCGCGACAACCAGGCGGUUCCAACUCUAUUUCUUACAUACCUCACGGUUUCACGUACCCCAAUUAUCCGUACACUAAUGAUGGCGAUGCAAGAACAAGAAAGGAGUAAAUGAAAUAGAAUAAACAAAAGAAUGCUCCGAUUACUUCACUUUCUCCCUUUGGGAGUAUCAUAGUGGGAAAUGAGUGGGCUGGCAGUCCACUUCACGACCUUCCCCUACCCUCCCCCGUUUGAGGGCUUACUUUGUCAUGAUGCAUGCAUGGUAAAAAUAAUGAAUCCAGAAGGUUGGCGUAUCGAGGAGACUAUUUGAAGGCCCUGUUCCACCUAUGGGCAUUUUGCAAUGAUGCAUAAAACGCAGUAAAAGUAUAUUCAUAGUGGAAGUUGUAAUAAAUUAUAUUCAUUUGUCUCCCGAUCGAGAGUCUUUGGUAGAAGGACUACGAUGUUUUGACUGUAAACUACUAGUCUUUAACUGAUGAUUGUAUAGACUGGACGGUGUGCCUGUUAUAUGCCGCUCGUCGUAUCAUCUGUGACCAGUGUGAGCAGUAUAAUAUAACAGACACGUCAUUCAGUCUUCACCAUCGCCUCAUGAAGACUAAUAGUUUGCAUGCAUGCAGUCAAACUUCGCGGUCCUUCUAACAAAUGACCCUCGAUCGUGAGAGAAAUAAAUGAGUAUCAUUUAUUAUAAGUCAAGAGGAUGGUUAGUCUUGAAAAGGAAUUUAAGGAGCGUUAUGUUGACUGUUUAAAGAUUCUCCCUUCUUCCAAUUGGUAUCUCACGCUGUUAUGCAAUAUGUCAAAAGACGUGGGCUUAUCGAGAACGACAAUGCACGGGAAUAUCCCUUUGGACCAUUCAAAGACCUAUUCUCCAUAUUCCGGUUUUGCUAAGCCAGUUUUUUUUUUUUUGUCAGAGAUAAUGCAAUCAACUGCAAUUAUAUGAGGUUUCCUCAUCAUGCUAAUUUCUGAUGGGAAAUGAACAUCAAGUCUUUAUAGACUAACGACAUAAUAUACGCUAUCCAAGUUGUAAAUAUUGAAGGUGUGAUGCUAAAUGUAAAGAUUAGCCACUUAAAAAUAAAUGUAUCUGUUAGGAUUUUUACUUUGA